AUGGCGGCUCCAGAGGACAUGAAGGUCGAUCAGCCCGAGCAGGGCAUCGACGAAGGUCUCUACAGUCGUCAGCUCUAUGUGCUCGGUCACGAUGCCAUGAAGCGCAUGGCGGCUAGCAAUGUUCUCGUCGUUGGUCUCCGCGGUCUCGGUGCCGAAAUCGCAAAGAACGUCGCAUUGGCAGGCGUAAAGAGCAUCACCAUUUUCGACCCCACUCCCGUCUCCAUCUCCGAUCUCAGCACACAGUUCUUCCUUCGCCCAGAAGAUGUCUCCUCGGGCGCUCGCAGGGAUCAGGCCACGCAGCCUCGUCUCGCCGAGCUCAACACAUACGUUCCCAUCCGCGUUCUCGAGGAGAGCGAGCUGAACAAGGAUGUGCUCGCUCGCUUCCAGGUUGUCGUCAUGACCGACUCGCUCCAUGGCGAGCAACUCCGCGUCAACGACAUUACCCACGGCUCUUCCACCCACUUUAUCUCGGCCGAGGUGCGAGGUCUCUUUGGCUCCAUCUUCAACGACUUCGGCCCCAAGUUCCUCUGCAACGAUCCUACCGGCGAGCAGCCGCUGUCCGGCAUGAUCGUGUCCAUCGCCAGCGAGGACGACGAGGGUUUGGUCACCACCCUCGACGAGACCCGUCAUGGUCUCGAGGACGGUGACUAUGUUGCAUUCACCGAGGUGCAAGGUAUGGAGGCGCUCAACGACAGUCAGCCGCGUAAGGUCACAGUCAAGGGUCCCUACACUUUCACCAUCGGCAGCACCAAGGGUCUCGGCGAGUACAAGCGUGGCGGCAUCUUCAAGCAGGUCAAGAUGCCCAAGGAGAUCGCCUUCAAGUCGCUGCGAGAAAGCGAAAAGCAGCCCGAAGUCCUCAUUGCCGACUACGCCAAGUUCGACCGCCCUGCCGCUCUCCACGCUGGCUUCCAGGCGCUCUCCCAGUUCCAGCAGAAGAACGGCCGCUUGCCCCGACCGAGGAACGCGCAAGACGCCGACGAAGUGCUCGCGCUCACCAAACAGAUCUUCCAGCAAUCCGGUCAGGAUGCCGCCGACUUGCCUGAAAAGGUGGUUCGCGAGCUCGCCUUCCAAGCGCAAGGUGAUCUGUCCCCAAUGGUCGCGUACGUCGGUGGCUUUGUUGCACAAGAGGUGCUCAAGGCAUGCUCCGGCAAGUUCCACCCCCUCGUCCAGCAUCUCUACGUAGACUCUCUCGAGUCGCUCCCAGACUCGGUCGCCAGCCUGCCAGAGAGCGAGUUCGCACCUGCCAACUCGAGGUACGAUGGCCAAAUCGCGGUGGUGGGUCGAACCUUCCAGCAGAAGAUUGCCAAUGCACGCCAGUUCCUCGUCGGUUCGGGUGCUAUCGGAUGCGAGAUGCUCAAGAACUGGAGUAUGAUGGGUCUCGGCAGUGGCCCCGAAGGAAUCAUCCACGUCACCGACAUGGACACGAUCGAGAAGUCAAAUCUCAACCGACAGUUCCUGUUCCGCUCCAAGGAUGUGGGUCACUUCAAGGCCGACACGGCAGCAGCUGCGGUGGCCGAGAUGAACCCUGACCUCAAGGGCAAGAUUCACAGCCACCAGAACCGAGUCGGACCCGAGACCGAAGACAUCUACGGUGACGAGUUCUUUGCCUCGCUCACCGGUGUCACCAAUGCGCUGGACAACGUGCAGGCUCGUCAGUACAUGGACCGUCGAUGCGUCUACUACGAGAAGCCACUUCUCGAGUCGGGCACGCUCGGCACCAAGGCCAACACACAGGUGGUCGUACCUCAUCUUACCGAGUCAUACUCAUCGUCCCAGGAUCCUCCCGAGAAGUCGAUCCCGGUGUGCACGCUCAAGAACUUCCCCAACGCCAUUGAGCACACGAUCCAGUGGGCUCGCGAGCAAUUUGACGAGUUCUUCCUCAAGCCGGCGGAGAAUGUCAACCAGUACCUCACGCAGCCGGACUACAUUGAGACGACGCUCAAGUCGGGCUCGGGUGCCAAGGAGCAGCUGGAUCAGAUCAAGCUCUAUCUUGUUGACGAGCGACCCAAGUCGUUCGAGCAGUGCAUCUACUGGGCUCGCAUGCGCUUCGAGGAGAACUACAGCAACAACAUCCGACAGCUGCUGCACUCGCUGCCUGCGGAUGCAGUGACAUCUACGGGCCAGCCGUUCUGGUCGGGACCCAAGCGUGCGCCCAAGCCUUUGACGUUUGACGCCGACGACCAGAUGCACCUCGAGUACGUGAUGAGCGCCGCGUUGCUGCACGCCGAAAACUACGGUCUCAAGGGUGAGGCCGACGCUGGGCUGUUCCGCAAGGUGCUGUCGUCAAUGCAGGUGCCCGAAUUCAAGCCCAAGGACAAUGUCAAGAUCCAGGUCAACGAGAACGAGGCGGCUGCCAGCAGCAACAACGCCGCAUCCGCUGAUGGAGGCGACCUGACGGAGGUGACCAGCAGCCUACCCGAGGCAUCGUCGUUGGCUGGGUUCCGUCUGCAGCCAAUCGAGAUGGAGAAGGACGAUGACACGAACCACCACAUGGACUUCAUCACGGCUGCCUCGAACCUGCGAGCCACCAACUACGGCAUCUCACCUGCCGACAAGCAUCAGACCAAGGGUAUUGCAGGCAAGAUUAUCCCUGCCAUCGCCACUACCACAGCUCUGGCUACGGGGCUGGUCAACCUGGAGCUGUACAAGCUGCUGGAUGAGAAGAAGGAGCUGGAGGCGUACUCGAAUGCAUUCGUCAACCUGGCGCUGCCAUUCAUUGCAUUCAGCGACCCGAUCGCAGCGCAAAAGCUCAAGUACAACGAGACCGAGUGGACGCUGUGGUCGCGCUUCAAGGUGGAGCAGGACAUUACGCUGCAGGAGUUCUUGGAUCUGUUCAAGGAGAAGCACGGCCUGGAGGUGUCGAUGCUGAGCUCUGGCGUUUCGAUGCUGUUCUCGGCGUUCUUGCCAGGGAAGAAGCGCGAGGAGAGGCUCAAGAUGAAGAUGAGCACGCUGAUUAAGACGGUGUCCAAGAAGCCCAUCCCGAAGCACGCGCAGUGGGUCAUCGUCGAAAUUAUGGCAGACGACCUGGAGGGCGAGGACGUUGAGGUGCCGUUCGUGGUGGUCAAGGUCAAGUAG